AUGUUACUGAAAUGUGUCAAGUUCAAGCCCAUGCUCAGCCUCGCUGCCGGAGAUGACGGCUGGUCCAUUCGUGUGCAGCCGGAGGUACGGGCCAUAGAGGGUUACCCAGUGGUGCUGCCCUGCACCUUCAGCCACCCACAGCACUCCCAGCAUUCCUCCCUGCAGGUUGUGUGGCGUCUGGGCCACGGACAGGGCGCCACCGUCCUGUACCGCUGCACCAGCCGGACCGGAGCCCCCACCUGCGAGCCGGGGCCCCAGCAGGACCAGCGGUACCGGUUGGAGGGAAACCCGCGGGAGCACGACCUGUCGCUACGCAUCAACAGCGCCACCCUGCAGGACAAUGGACGCUACUACUGCCGGGUGGAGGUCCAGGGCCGGGAACACGUCAGCUUCGAGGACAAGAUGGGAACCAGACUGAGAGUGGAAGCUCCUCCAAAGAUCCUGGAUCUGUCGGUGGAGGGCAGCGAGCAGGUGGGUUAUAGAGCUCUGUGUCGGGUGCAGGGCUCCCCGCUGCCGGACGUCCAGUGGCUCGGACCGGACGACCUGCUGGAGGGUUCGCCGGUCGGCCCGCUGGCUCAGGAGUCUCCGGCUCGCUACCACACCGUCAGCCAGCUGAGAGACGUGGAGCCUGGGCACCAGUACACCUGCAGCGCCUCCAACCCGCUGGGCAAAGAGCAGGCCACGCUGUACGUCCUGCCCCCCCGACCCCCCAUGUCCAUGGCCAGAACAUCGCCGCCUCUCCUGCUGCUGCUGUCGGUCUGUCUGGGGGCAAAGGUCAUCCUGCUGGUGGGGAUGGGGGUGUGGAUGGUGCAGGGUGGAGCUCUGCAGGGAAUCAGCUGCUGGUGGAAGUAA